GAGAAGUUUCUCAAGAAGAACAGUCAUUAUUGUGUGAAGGUUCACAUUCAGCUGUUAGCAUGGAACUUUCAGAGCCUGUUGUAGAAAAUGGAGAGACAGAAAUGUCUCCAGAAGAAUCAUGGGAGCACAAAGACGAAAUCAGUGAAGCAGAGCCGGGAGGCAGUUCCUCGGGAGAUGGGAGGCCUCCAGAGGAAGGUGCCCAGGAAGUGAUGGAGGAGGAGGAGGAAAUACCAAAACCUAAAUCUGUGGUUGCACCACCAGGUGCUCCUAAAAAAGAACAUGUAAAUGUAGUGUUCAUCGGGCAUGUAGAUGCUGGCAAGUCUACAAUUGGAGGACAGAUAAUGUAUUUGACUGGAAUGGUUGACAAAAGGACACUUGAGAAAUACGAAAGAGAAGCUAAAGAAAAAAACAGAGAAACUUGGUACCUGUCUUGGGCAUUAGACACAAAUCAGGAAGAACGAGACAAAGGUAAAACAGUAGAAGUGGGUCGUGCCUAUUUUGAAACCGAAAAGAAGCAUUUCACAAUUCUAGAUGCACCUGGCCAUAAGAGUUUUGUUCCGAAUAUGAUUGGUGGUGCUUCUCAAGCUGAUCUGGCUGUACUGGUUAUCUCUGCCAGGAAGGGGGAGUUUGAGACUGGGUUUGAGAAAGGAGGACAGACAAGAGAACAUGCAAUGUUGGCAAAGACGGCAGGUGUCAAACACUUAAUUGUGUUGAUCAAUAAGAUGGACGAUCCAACUGUGAAUUGGAGCAAUGAGAGAUACGAAGAAUGUAAAGAAAAACUUGUGCCAUUUUUGAAAAAAGUUGGCUUCAAUCCCAAAAAGGACAUUCACUUUAUGCCCUGCUCAGGCCUGACGGGAGCAAACCUUAAAGAGCAGUCAGACUUCUGUCCCUGGUACAGUGGAUUACCAUUUAUUCCAUAUCUGGAUAAUUUGCCAAACUUCAAUAGAUCAGUUGAUGGACCAAUCAGGCUUCCAAUUGUGGAUAAGUACAAGGACAUGGGCACUGUGGUCCUGGGAAAGCUGGAAUCGGGAUCUAUCUGUAAAGGCCAGCAGCUUGUGAUGAUGCCAAACAAGCACAAUGUGGAAGUCCUUGGAAUCCUUUCUGAUGAUGUAGAAACUGAUUCUGUAGCUCCAGGUGAAAAUCUCAAAAUCAGACUGAAAGGAAUUGAAGAGGAAGAGAUUCUUCCAGGAUUCAUACUUUGUGAUCCUAAUAAUCUUUGUCAUUCGGGACGCACAUUUGAUGCACAGAUAGUGAUUAUAGAGCACAAAUCCAUCAUCUGCCCGGGUUAUAAUGCGGUGCUUCAUAUUCAUACCUGUAUUGAGGAAGUCGAAAUAACAGCCUUAAUCUGCUUGGUAGACAAAAAAUCAGGAGAAAAAAGUAAGACUCGGCCCCGUUUCGUGAAACAAGAUCAAGUAUGCAUUGCACGUUUAAGAACAGCGGGAACCAUCUGCCUUGAGACCUUUAAGGACUUCCCUCAGAUGGGUCGGUUUACCUUAAGGGAUGAGGGUAAGACCAUUGCAAUUGGAAAAGUUCUGAAACUGGUUCCAGAGAAAGACUAAGAUUUUCUUGAUGACCCUGCACAAUACUGUGAGGAAAAUUGACUGCAAAAGCCUACUUCACACCGCCUUCUCUUAUUUUCUGCCCAUUGACAAAACCUCUCCCCAUAUUUUGCAAAAAUUCACAGCAAAAAGUCCACAUUAUGUCAGCUUUCUCAUAUUGAGAGCUCUGCUAUGCCACUGUUGAAUUUUUCCCGAGAUUUUUUUUCUGCCUUCCACCUUCACACCCUGCUUCCUUGGACAGAUUUGGCAAUAGCUUUAUAAGUGAUGUGGACAUAAUUGCCUACAAUAAUGAAAACCUACAGAAAUUUUAUUUUCAUUUUCCCCUUAGACAUACUUAGACUCUCUGCCCCUACCCCCAGGCAGAUCAUUCUGAGUGUGCGAGUGUGUUGUGUGUGCACAUGUUUCAAAAACAACUACCAUGUUAAUAAAAUAUUCGAUUUGAAACCCUUUUCGGUAUUUGAAUUGCUUUUGAAUAAUGUUUUUUAUCUGGAUGUAACGUUGUUGCAUUAGCUUUUUAACUUUACCAAGUAAUUGAAUACAUUUUAUUACUUGGACUUUUCUAAACUCUCCCUGUCCACUACUUUAAAUGAGGCAUUUACAAACAAUGUUCAAGUUUGUAUUAAAGGAAAGUAGUUUUGACCUGUUCUUUUGAUGGUUAAUGCAUACAUACAGUUAAUACCUUGAUGCAACUGCGACACUGCUUUAUUAGGUCUAUCAGUUAUUUUAUGCCAAUUUAUAUUCAAACAUGAUUCUUAAAUACAGUUGGUUUGAAGUAAAAGAACAGCAAAAUGUCUUACAAAGUAAAGAUAAUGAAAUUAGACCCCUACAAAAAAUUUCAUUGACUUGUUAAAUUAGUGGAAUUUACAACAAAGAAAGCAUGUUGAGAUGUGGCAAACACACCUUUAGUAUUUAUAAGAGCUGCAUGCAUCUAGUAUGAAAAGCUUAUCAAUUGCAAGUGCCAGUUCUACAAAUUACUCAGUUUACUAUUUGUAUCAGUAAUUUUAAAGGUUGGAAGACCACUGCUGGUGAAGCUAAAGCUCACCCAGCUAUUAAGUGAACAUAUAUUUUAGAAACAUCAGAAUCUGCACAGACUAAAGUUUAACAGUGAUAAGUAGAAUCAAGCACAGUGUACAUUUUCAUUAGUUGAAAUUGACUUUUCUUGUGUAAAGUUGAAAUUGGCUAAACUAUGAUUUGGAUGAACCACAAAGCAUUGUGGUGGUUUUUAGAUUGUCAACUGAUAUUCUGCUACAACUAUCAUAACUCUGAAAUUCUAAUGAGAUGAGAAUAAAUGGGAACUGAGAGAAUUUCUGGGUUGAUAAUAGAAAGCUUCCUUAUUGGGUGUUGCCAUUUAUCCAAGACUGGGGUUCUCUCAGAUUGUGGUUUAUCUCAAAAUAAGAUUAUUUUGUAAAUGUAUGACAAUUCCUUUCUCUAUAGUCUUCUUGCUCAGAAAAGAAAAGCCUAGUCAGACUGCUUCCAGUAACAAAACAAAAAAUGUAGUCCUAUUUUCUUACUAUAGAAUCCCAUUUGUUUCACAAAUGAGGCCACAUCUUAUGGACAAACCAAAGUUACUGUCCUGUAGCUUCCUAUGACUAUACUCGUGACUAUUAAAUUGCAUGCAACUUAAAUUUUAUUAAGUCUGUAAUCUCUGGGCUUUUAUUUUUCUGGGAAAUAGAGGAGCUCUGACUAGUACUCAGUAACGUUUUGUGUUUCUAAGUUAAUAAAAAUACUAGAAAUUGCUUGGAUUUUAUUGAGUCCUUAAAAGCUCAAGAGUCUUGAAAUUAUUUCCAAAGAUCUCCAUUUUCAGGUUGAACAUAUUUUAAAAAUUGGCUAUGUUUGCUAUUAAAAUAUUUCACUUUGAGAAUAUUAUGUGCACGUUGCCAAGACUCUUAAACCACAUGGCUAUCAAUUGUGAAGGGCCUACUUCAUUAGGGGAGGGAAAGGUAACCUACAAAUGUAAUUGUAAAAUUAAAAUUUCACUGGCUUCUUGCACUUCUGUGGAAAUAGACUAAAAGACAUCUCAUUGAUAAAUUAACCAACACUGUUUUGGGCUUUGAAAUUCCUUGGGAUGUAUUCUCAGUCAAGGGGGUGUAUUUUAAACUCAAUUAGAUGUACUGGCUAGCUAAUUUGGACAAAGAAAUUAACAUACCCGACCUGAAAUGGCAGUGCAUAGAGAUGUUAGAUCUUUAAAGAUCAAUAGAUCACUAUGCUGUCAUUUUGUCAUCUUCAAAGGGCAAGUGUAUGUGGUAAAUGCAAAAUAUGGCAAUUGGGUUCAUAUUUAGAAUCUAUGUCCAAAGCAUUUUUCCCCUCUACUUUUAGCAGAUGUUAGGUUCAGAAUUUUCUUUGCAUCUUUUCACAUUGGUUAUAUAUAUUAAAGAAUAUAUAGUCAUAUAUUCUUUCUAUAAUUUUCAUGCUUAGUUUUUUAAAUUAAUGAACUGAAUUUAAAGGAAGUGAAAUAAUUGCCAGUUUUAGUGUGGGUGAGGGGAUAUUUCCUGUUUUUAAUUGCAAAACAAAAUGAUCCAGUGAAAGUCUAUGUAAAA